CUCGUCUGAAGAUGAUUUCUAGUUGUUUACUCGUGAUGUUUGUGGCCAGUGUAAGGGCACAGAGCGAUCUGUCAGUAGACUGUAGCAGUGAUGCCGUCGCAGUGAGUUGGAGACCCAGACUGGAUAUAUCAGAGAAACUGGAUCUGUCCAGAGCUCUGCUGGGAAACUGUCCUCCCAGUUUUCUAGGUUCAGAUGAAACUUUGCGCUUUUAUGUUUCACUGCGGGAUUGUGGCUUUCACAAACGGGUUUCUGUGAAGAAUGUGAUGUAUUCCAGUGUGUUGGUCUAUGACCGAGGACCUGGACUCUCCUUCAUCUCACAACCCCUCCGAUGUGUUUACGAUCUACCUCCAGAGCCAGACAUGAUGACUGCGUUCAGCCCUGAAGAUGAGGAGCUGGAUGCAGCAGAGGAAGAGAUGACCUUCUGCAUGGAGCUCAUGAACAGUGAUUUUAGUGGCCCUGCGCCAUCUUUGACUUUUAAACUGGGCUCCAGUAUUCCCAUCAGAGCAGAAGUGGACAGUCACGGAUCUCUGCUGAUGUUUCUGGAGAAAUGUGUGGCCUCCACAGACUCCGACAUCAGCCGUGUCAGUCAGGUGCAUCCCAUCAUUUCGAAUUCGGGGUGUCUGAUGGAAAAUUCCACAUUCCUGCCGAGACGGGUGCCCGCUGAAAUCCGGCUUCACCUCAAGGCCUUCAAGUUUGCUCUUGGAGAGAAAGUGAGGACCGCUGCCGGUGUGGCUUUGAUCUCUAACGUUCAGGUUUUAUUGGUUGACGUCUUUCUCCGUUUGACGCUCUGUAUGCAGAUUUUCCUUCAUUGUGACUUGAUGGCGAGGGACAUCCACAGCAUGAUGGUCAAUGGAAAAGCGUGUCACUUUGUGAAGGAGAGCAACAGAUGGGAACUGCUUGAUGAUCCUUCUCAGAGUUCUGUGUGUUCAUGCUGUGAGACGACCUGCCCGUGGAGGCCAGACAUGACGAGCGGCGUUUCUGCACGCAAGGUUCUCGGGCCCUUAAUAAUUGUGGAGGAUAAAUCUGACAGAUCUCUGGACACUCAGGUUUUUGAGGAAGGUUUGUGCGGUCAAUGGGAUGUCCGUUUCAGUUUAUUGUCAUGGCUUUACACCAUGUUAUUUCUUUUAUGUUCAGGUUUGAGUAAAUCUCCGGUUUGGUUGUUGGUGACAUUGGUCACAUCGCUGCUGCUCACUGUAACAGUUGUGUUGGCCGUGAGUUAUUAUCUGUGUGUCUGGAGAGGAGGACGCAUGGGCUACAGACCCAGAAGAGAUCUACUGACGAAACGCUGAUGCUCAAUUAUUUUACAAUAAAGAUUGUGAAAAAUAUGAGUGUAAA